AUGGAAAGCCCAUUACAGCCGCAGCGUCGCUUCCUCCUACAGCAGCGCCUCCAGCCGCAGCACUGCGCACCGCGAGAGGAGGAGGAGGAGGAAGAGGAGGAGGAGGAGCGCUCCGCCGGGCGGCGCGACCCCCGUACCUGCACCUGCCACGCGCGCAAAAGCCUCGUUUGUCAAGGGACGUCGUCUCAAACGCAACUCGGCACUUCAGUAAGGACGCCGUCCGUCUCGUCUUCCCCGAGGCAAGGGUGCCGGUACAGCGCGUGUGAGCUCACGCCUUCUAGUCAUGGUAGUUCAUCCAGGCAACAUCACCACCGCCUCCACCAUCACCACCACCACCACCAUCAACCGCAGCAGCCGGGAAGCCCGGUCGGCGAGGCCCGCCACGAAAUAGCCGCCGUCGCGAUGAGCGGCUGCAGAUACAACGGCGGCGUGAUGCGGCCGCUGAGCCGCGCCGGCUCGUCACGCCGCAACCUGCACGAGUUCGACUCGGAGUCGCAGCCGCUGCAGCCCGUGUGCGCUGUGGACGCGAGGACGGAGAACCGCGCCGGUGCUCCGUUGCCGUACUCCACGGCGGACGGCGCAGGCGGCGGAGGAGGAGGUGGAGGAGGUGGCGGCAAACAGGGCAAGAAGAAGAACCAGAACAUCGGCCAGAAGCUCGGCCACCGGAGGGCCCUGUUUGAGAAGCGAAAGCGCCUCAGCGACUACGCGCUCAUCUUCGGCAUGUUUGGCAUCGUGGUCAUGGUCAUAGAGACGGAGCUUUCAUGGGGAGCGUAUGGAAAGGAGUCAUUGUAUUCAUUAGCUCUAAAAUGCCUGAUAAGCCUUUCUACAAUCAUCCUUCUCGGCUUGAUUAUCAUAUAUCACGCCCGGGAGAUUCAGCUGUUUAUGGUAGACAACGCAGCGGACGACUGGAGGAUAGCCAUGACGUACGAGCGCAUCUUCUUCAUCUGCCUGGAAAUUCUUGUGUGCGCCAUCCACCCCAUCCCGGGCAAGUACACCUUCACGUGGACGGCACGUCUGGCCUUCUACUACACGCCGUCCAAGACGGACGCCGACGUGGACAUCAUUCUGUCCAUCCCCAUGUUCCUGCGGCUCUACCUGAUCGCCCGCGUCAUGCUGCUGCACAGCAAGCUCUUCACGGAUGCAUCGUCACGCAGCAUCGGCGCCCUCAACAAGAUCAACUUCAACACACGCUUUGUCAUGAAGACUCUUAUGACCAUCUGCCCUGGCACCGUGCUGCUCGUCUUCACCAUUUCCCUGUGGAUCAUCGCCGCCUGGACUGUCAGGGCUUGCGAAAGGUACCAUGAUAACCAGGAUGUAACCAGCAACUUCCUAGGAGCCAUGUGGUUGAUCUCAAUCACUUUUCUAACCAUCGGAUACGGGGACAUGGUCCCCAACACGUACUGUGGCAAAGGGGUCUGUCUCCUCACCGGGAUUAUGGGUGCCGGAUGCACUGCUUUGGUGGUGGCUGUGGUCGCAAAAAAACUGGAAUUAACCAAAGCCGAAAAACAUGUACAUAACUUUAUGAUGGAUACGCAGCUGACAAAAAGAGUUAAGAACACUGCUGCAAACGUUCUCAGGGAGACCUGGCUCAUCUACAAGAACACCAAGCUGGUGAGGAAGAUGGACCACGCCAGAGUCAGGAAGCACCAGAGGAAAUUCCUCCAAGCCAUUCACCAAGCGCGAAAAUUAAGAAGUGUUAAAAUGGAGCAACGGAAGCUGAAUGACCAAGCAAACUCUCUAGUGGACCUCGCAAAGACUCAGAACAUCAUGUACGACCUGAUCUCGGACCUGAACGAACGCGGUGAGGACACAGAGAAGCGGAUUGCCGUGCUCGAGACCAAGUUGGAGACGUUGCUGAGUAACCUACAGGCUCUUCCGGGCCUCAUCAGCCAGCUGAUCAGCCAGCAGCAACGUGACUUCCUGGAGGUUCAGCUGCAGCCAUACGAGCGCUCGCAGUCUGUGUCUCGACGGCGCUCUUCUUCCACGGCACCCCCUACGUCAUCAGAGAGCAGCUAGAGCCCCUCGGAGCCCCUUGCAGAGACCCUCCGCCAUCACAUGGCCGACGUGCAUCUUACUGUAAAGCCUUACGGUGUCUCAAUAACGCGUCAUCCGCCUCCUGAUGACGGGGUGACGCAGCUGAAAUGGCAUACAGCUUUUAAUUUGUACCUCAAGGUUCUCUUUUCUCUGCUGGCAGGUUCUCAGAGAAAUUUUUCCUCAGUAUAGAAGGCGGGGCUGUCCAGAAAACCCGUCCUCACACACUUAUCAGGAGAGCAGUGUCACACAACCUCCAUGGCGCAAAAUAAUACUGUGCCAGAAUAGUGCUUCCCAACGGACGUCUUGCUCUUCCUGUCUGUACGAGACUGUACGAGACUGAGUAAUUCCUCAAACCAGCAGGUGUUAGACUUUUUGUUUCAUCCAGCAGUCGAUAGGAGACUGACCCAUGACCCCUGACCCCUAACUCCUCACCCCGUCCAGAGCUAACAUAUAGAUUUACACACUGGAGGAGAAAUAUAUCUAUAUAUUUUAGGUUAGAAUAUCAGAUAUUACGGUCUUCUUCUUCUGAAGAUGCCCCUUCCAAUUUAUCCUCUUUCCGGGGGCCAAACGAGAUCAGAAACCUUUUUUAUUUAAUUUCCAAACAAUGCAUCUAAAGCUAUACUUGCACUUCUUAUGCACUUCAAUGCUGUUAUAUGAAUUUAUGUUGCUGUUCAAAACAAAAAUAAAAACACAUUUAGUCAUUA